AUGACGCAAUUUCUGGAUGAGGAAACUCAACAAUUACAACAAAGGCUGUUCAACGCGAGCGACGAGGAGAAAGAGGUUAAUUUAAUUUCGUUACAUACAUCUAUCUUCAUAUUGCAGAAUCUUUUAUUGGCCCUCAACUCCAAGUACGAGAUCACCGAUGUGCUCCCACCGCCCAAUCACGAGGAUCUCCACGUGCUGGUCAUGGCCGUCGGCUACAUGUUGUUGUUCCUGCUGGGGACCUGUGGAAACGUAGCCGUGUUGACUACUAUUUACCAUGUAGUACGUUAAUUAGCGGUACUGUGUUAAUUAAAAUUGUAAAGAUAUCUUGCUAACGAUGCCAUAAAUUGUAAGACCUUGCAGGUAUGACACUUUGAGUACAAGGUCUUGCAGGUAAACACAAGCCACUGCAAGUAUAAUAUAAAAGAACAUCUUGAAAUGACGUUUUAAGUACAAUAGCUCACUGGAAAAAUAUUAUUCCAAGAAAGCAUAGUAAAUAAUGGGAAUGUAAGAUUAACUCUUGCAGGUAAGGUCACGGCGAGCCAACUUGGACAACACUCUCAUAUACGUCAUCGUGCUGUCGUGUGUAGACUUUGGCGUGUGCCUGUCCUUGCCUUUGACAGUAAUCGACCAGGUUAGUUCAUGUAAUCCAAGACUAAAAUUGUGAAAUUUGAUUUUAAUUUAACAACAAAGGCUUCUCAUAAAGAAAGUCUACUACAUGAUUUGCUUCUUUCAGAUUCUGGGCUUCUGGAUGUUUGGUUCGAUCGUAUGCAAAUUGCACGCUGUUCUAGAGAACUUUGGUAAGAUCUUGUCCGCCCUCAUACUAACAGCUAUGUCAUUCGACCGGUUUGCUGGUGUGUGUCAUCCUCAGAAGAAGUGGCUACGCUCCACAUCGUUGGCCAUCUGUAUCCUCGUUGGUGGGUGUUUUUAAUCUACUAUAUUAAUAUUGCGCAACUGCUUCCGUAUUCUGUUUCCAGGUGUAUUGACAAUGUUAAAGAACAUGAGAACACAUUAAGUUUAGUAUUUAAAAAACUGUGUAAUGCCACAACAUAAACAUACAUUGGAUCAUCCACAUACUACGUAUAUAUAUGUACUUUAUGUCUAUGAUGUCAAGAUAGUAACCCAUAUAAAUCUCUGUAGCCCUAUAUAAUCAAAACCCAGACGCCAUUUAAUCUCGCCAUUAAGACAAGAAAUGGAUGUAGUAAUGAAGACAUAUCUCCCCAUACAUUGAGUAAUAAAAUUUCAGGAUUGGCCGCGUAUGCCCUAGUCACAUUAUGUCCAUUACUGUGGAGCUUCACGGCGAACGAAGUAAUUCUGUUCGAGAAGGAGACGGCGCCCCACAAGAUCACGAGGAUGAGGAUCGAGAAGUGCACCAUGAUGUCCAUAUCAAGUACUGUAUUCACCAUGUUUACGGUAUUCCUGUUCGUGCUGUGCUAUCUGGUACCGUUGUUCCUGGUGGCCUUCUUCUACUCGCGUCUCCUCAGCAAACUGCGACAGCACGCCCGACAAUUCACUGUAAGUACAAGAGACGGGCACGGUUGUUUACUGGGCCGGUAAAUAAUAUGGAAAUGUCGUUUCAGUCAAGUCAUAUCCCUCUGAUGCGCAUAUCAUUGUACACAUUAGCAGUCGCCUGCUUCUACUUUCUCUGCUGGACCCCGUUCUGGAUUGCGACCGCGUUCGCCGUGUAUUUGGAGUACGCGGGAGAGAAGGAUGGCACGGUGCCGCCUGUUUUCGUCUACUGCAUGUACUUUAUCCACGCUCUGCCAUUUACUAAUUCAGCGGUGAAUUGGAUCUUAUACGGUAAACAAAGCCCGCUCUAGGCCUAAUCCCCUUUUGUAGGCGCUCUGAACAGUCAGCUACAGCACCGCUACAGAAGCGGUCGAAAUGCGGAAACGGUAACGUUGGUGGCCAAUGGGAACAGUCAUUGUCCCACCAUGAAAAGUAUGCAUUCCAUGAAUGGUUUAGUGUCGCCCAAGGUUUGUCCGCUUGCUGAUUAUAAGUAUUGAUAAUGCAAAAGUUUUGAUAAGUUUACGCUUACAAGAUAGUGUCAUCAAGUAUAGUAUUUGCUAAGUACUAUGGUGAAACAGCUGAUUAAAAGUGCUCUUAACGUUUACUGCGUCCAUGUUUAUGUCCCCUCUAAAUUGUUUGGUUUUUCAGUUCAACGCAGUCGAAUCCUCCCAAUUUGACACUCCACGAACGGCACUCUUGGCAUCGGAUGCGGCCUCUUGUUUGCACAUGUCCAUGUCCAACGGCGGUACUCAAACCAGACCUUCAAGCUCAACAUUCUCCAUAAAGAACGAUAUGGUGGACGCCCACACACAGACGGAAUUGCUAAAGAGAAGUGUGUCCAACGUGUCAGCGUCGGUGGAGCAGCCGGAGAAGGUGGACUUCAUGAUAGACACGACGGAGGAGGCCACCUUCCUCUGA